AUGUCCUCCUCUCGCUCUGUAUACCGUGGACCCCGUCGAAAGCUUGUGUUGGCCUUUGAUGUUGGCACGACCUACAGUGGAAUCUCUUAUAGUGUUCUUGAUCCUGGACAAAUUCCAGAAAUCAAAGGAGUAACAAGGUUCCCCGCCCACGAACAAAUCAGCGGAGCCUCCAAAAUCCCCACCAUAAUCUACUACGAUCGAAAUGGCAAAGUCCGCGCAGUGGGUGCAGAAGCCAUGCGCGAGGGGAUUUACGAAACAGCCGAAGACGAAAAUUGGAUAAAAACCGAAUGGUUCAAACUCCACCUCCGCCCGAAAACCGAAGCUUCCCGACACAUCGCCAACGAAAUCCCCCCUCUGCCGCUGAACAAAACCGUCACGGAGGUGUUGGGUGAUUUCCUCAAAUACCUCUUCGAGUGUGCGUCGAGUUAUAUCCAAGAUACCCAUGCGAAUGGACCGGAUUUGUGGGCUUCUGUGGAGAAGGAUAUUGAUUAUGUGUUGUCCCAUCCGAAUGGCUGGGAAGGGAUCCAGCAGACGCAGAUGAGGCAGGCUGCGGUGCAGGCCAACCUUAUACCCGAUACGACUAAGGGCCAUGCGCGGAUCUCGUUUGUGACGGAGGGAGAGGCGAGUUUGCACUUUUCGAUUCAGAAUGGGUUGCCUUCUGGGGCUAUGAAGGAAGGAGAUGGUGUGGUCAUCGUCGACGCUGGUGGAGGUACAAUCGAUGUGAGCGCCUAUAGUCGGAAUACAAAGGAAGUCAAGGACUCUUUCGAGGAAAUCGCUGCUCCUCAAUGUCAUUUCCAUGGGUCGGUCUUUGUCAGCAUCCACGCCCGCCUCUUCCUCGACCAACUCCUCGCGGACUCACCGUUCAUCGAGGAUUUGGACCAUAUCAUUCGAUGCUUCGACAAAACCACCAAGCUCCGCUUCAGGAACAUCGAUGAACCACAAUACAUCAAGUUUGGAUCUACCAGGGACAACGACGAGACUUACGGGAUUCGCUUUGGCCAGCUGAAAUUGCAAGGAACCGAUGUUGCGAAGUUCUUCGAGCCUUCGGUUAAGUGUAUCGUCAACGCCGUCGUCGAGCAGCGCAAGUCGGCACAUAAGAGUAUCUCUCACGUCGUCCUCGUCGGUGGUUUCGCGGCCAGCGACUGGCUAUACAACAAAGUCCUCGAAUCACUCAGACCCCUCGGACUCAACGUCCUGCGGCCCGAAAACCACGUGAACAAAGCAGUUUCAGACGGAGCCAUCUCCUUCUAUCUAGACCACUUUGUACGUACCCGCGUAUCGAAAGUGACAUACGGGAACUUUUGCCACAUCCCAUAUGACUCUUCCGAUUCCGAACAUGUGAGGCGCCAGGGUAACACGUUCGUGAGUGUGUCGGGGUCUAAGAGGAUUAGCGAUACGUUUGAUAUUAUCCUGCCUAAGAAUACCCAAGUGUCAGAAGCGAAAGAGUUCAGGAAACCUUAUUUCCGUGAAUCGGAGAAUAGGAACGAGUUUAAGGAUGCAUCGUUUUCGAUUUGGUGUUAUCGUGGGGCUGUGGCGGAGCCUAGGUGGAAGGACGUUGAUACUGGUUCGUUCUCAUCACCCCUCCUCUCUUUCUUCCCCGCUAACGUGGUGAUGGACACAGAUAAUUACACCAAGAUCUGCACCAUCGAAGUUGACCUCUCUCACAUCACACUUACGCCACGAUACAAAGGAAAGGGAGAAAGGGGGCAAUAUUUCCGUUUGGAUUAUGACCUUGUUUUGUUGUUUGGAUUGACGGAGUUGAAGGCCCAGGUGGCUUGGAGGGAGGGGAGCGUUGAGAAACGGAGCGCCACGAAGAUCGUUUAUGACCCAGAUAUCACGCGUGAUGAUUAGAGUGUUAUGCUUUUCUUGGAUCCCCGACGAGUCUGUGAACUUGAGAGAGAAUCGCUUCUGUAAAUUCAUGUAGUUGGAACGGCACUGUUUUUCCCUUGUAUUAUAUUCAUCUUGCUCGUUGUAUGGUUUCAACAUACGUGUUUCGCUUUGCACCCG